AUGUCGACCCCGGCGAGAAACUUCAGCCUGCGCAACGUGAAUACCAGCAAGCCCCAGCUUCACCGAAUGGACUCUCAACAAUCUAUUGCUGCAUCAGACGACUAUUAUUCUUUCUCAGACAGAGAAGCUUCCUCGAGUCCAGAUAGUCGAGUUACAGUGAGACGAUUCCAAACUCCAGACUCUCGACCAUCUUCUCGAGGCCACUCUCCAACUAUGCCACAUCCCUUUCCCAUGGGGGAGUCGAGCCAACCUGUCCAAGAAGGUCAUGGGUCACCAAGUCCACCAACAUCUAGCACUGUCCGCUUCGGAGAGGACAGAGUCGCUCGUAUUAGUGUCAAAUCAGAUGCCACAGGAUCCGAUGAGACUGCUCGCCGUGUGCCCAGCGACUAUGCAGGACCAGCCCCAACCCCAGGCUUGGAUGACUCCCCAUACGUCAGGUUUGCAAUAGAUCAGCUCACCCAGGACAGGGCUCGGGGAGUUUCAAGACAGGACUCUUUUUCUACCGCGACUACAGGAGAUGAAUAUCCAAAUAAUCAGCUGGUAUGGGACGAGGGACUGGGCUACUUUACCCGGACAAGGACGCCUUUGAGAACACCCAUUCGACAUGAAACGCCUCCAGUCAGACCAAACUAUACAUCUCCUUCACCACAAGCUUUACCCCAACGACCUGUCUCCGUAGACCCUGAGUCUUUUGUUGCCGUUGAGUCCCCAGAGCAGAGCUUGCUAUAUCCACCCUUGAACUAUUUGCCUAUGGUACUGAGGCCCUGGGCUUUAGCACUGACGAUAUUUUGCUGUCUGCUCAUGAUUGCCGGAGUUGUCUUCUGUAACAUUUGGUCUCAUCGUCGUCAGGGGAUCUGGGACUACCAGGGACAAGGUGGCGGGCAUUACUUCGUGCUGCAGUUCCUACCACAAAUCCUCGCUGCACCGAUCAUCGUCUGGUCCUUCGUCAUUCAAGCUGCAGUAUAUCGCACAGCACCUUUCUCCAUGAUGUCAGCUGAACGACAAAAGGGCCUGGUUAUGCAAGCAUUGCCUAUCCUCUCGAAAAGCUUUGUCUUGCCCGAUUUCUCCCAUUUCAAACAUGGUGAACCAUUGUUCGGUUUCUCCUUGUUCACGAUUUGGCUGCACAACUUCUUCGCAAUUCCUCUUCUCAGCUGUCUAUUCCAGGCAAAGUACUACAUAAUUGACGGAGAAGGUGUCUGGAGAUGGGCCUCUGUUGAGUCUGUGGGCUGGACCUUGGUUGCAUUAUAUGGUGUUCUCACAAGUGGCUUGGUCUUACUGUUUCUGCGCUUCCUUCACAGCUGGUCCGGUCUGAUGUGGGAUCCCGUAAGCCUGGCAGAUCUCAUCUCGCUGAUCCAACGAUCAAAUAUUCUCCAUGACUUUGAGCGAUCUGAAACUCUUCCGACAGUGCGAGACUCGCUUGAUCCUCGUGUUCUUCGACUCGGAUACUGGAGACUGUCGAGCAAGCCCGAGGUCUUCUACGGAAUCGGAGAGGUUGACGCCCCAGUUCGCACUCCUUCUCUUCACCAAACCGGCAAGAGCAGAGAGAAGCAGCCACACGGCCUUGCCAAGGUGAACGUCGAUCUCGAACACCAAGGAGCAUUCGCCAACGAUCAAUCUGAUAACUCCCUCUACUCGCCAUUCGCCCGCUACCGCUGGACCCCGUGGUUCCUGCGCAAAGUUUCAGUCUUCAUCUGGGUUGUGAUUGUGUUCGCCUUGCUGAUUGCCUUUGUCGCCGUCAGCUUUAUCAACAACGCGAUCAAGGGCGGCUUCCCACCAAAACUCCCAACCCUUCCCUCAACAAACGCAUUCUCCUCCUCAAACUUCCUCUACAGCUUUAUUCCCGCCCUAAUCGGCAAUGUUCUUUUCCUCGUCUGGCAACCAAUCGACGUUUACUUCCGCGCCCUGCAACCCUACGUUGAACUCUCCUCUCCAAGUGGCGCAUCCGCCGAGAAAAGCAUCCUGCUCGCCUACCAAUCCCACUACCCAAUCCAAAUAACGGCCCUCGCCCUCCUAAACCGCCACUUCAAAGUCGCUUGGAUAUCAUUAAUGAGCUUGAUAUCCCUGGGAAUUCCUAUCCUCGCCGGCGGUGUCUUCAUCGCCCUCUGGUACCCCUCUCACGACGACAUUCGAAUUUCCGCCUUAAUGCCAGCCUUCUACGCCCUAAUUGCAUUCUGCGCAUUAUAUGCCGUUUCCUUCCUGGCAAUUUGGCCGGGUCGCCGCCGCUAUCUGCCUCACGAUAUUACCACCCUGGCUGAUAUGAUGAGUUAUCUUUACCAAUCACCGCUUCUGUCGGACAAGAUCCUCCGCGAGCCGAGGAGUAAGACUGAUCUUGUUACCCGUCUUAUUGUUGCGCCGCCAUCGGAUCGCCAGCUGCCGUUCUAUGGCUUUGGCAUAUAUGUUGGCCGCGAUGGUAAAGAGCAUCUUGGUAUUGAUCGCUUCCACCGUCCUGGUAGGACUGAUAUGCUUAUUACUACCGGGACCAUGAAAUGA